UAUUAUGAGUCAUCGCCUCAGACGUCCUAACGUGUGUUCAUUCGUCUUUUUCCACGCGGGACCUUCUUCUUCUAAUCUAAGCAACGCGUCUUCAAUAACCCGACGGGGAUUGAAAUGUUCCAUUUUAGAAUCGCCACAGCGCUCAAGGAGUUGUUGAAAGCCAACCUUAAGUGUCCAUCGGUCGGGUUGCUCGCGAGCCGCCACCGGUGCUCGGGCGCCGCCUCCUCCACCGGACUCAAGCUCCUCAAUGGCCGCGCGUACCCGGCAGCAUCCGUCCAUCUCCGGUCAUACUGCGCGAAGGCUGGGAGCGAGCUGAAGCUAGACGAACCUAAGAAGAAGGACGACGACAUUGAUGCGGCCGCAGAGAAGAGAAGAAAUGCCGGCAUCCUGCCCAGUCUGGAGGAUUUGCUUUUCUACACAGUCGCCGAAGGUCAAGAAACUAUUCCGGCGCAUAAAUUCCUUACAGCUCUUAAAAGCACAGGACUUCGCAGCGGAGAUCCCCGACUGAAAGAAUGUAUGGAAACACUGAAAGAGACCUUAAAGAGCUGUCCGGACGGCGUCACCUUGGACAGGCAGCAGUUCAAGAAGUGUGUCCAGAGCAACAUUAUCCUGCUCACGCAGGCCUUCCGCAAGAAGUUCGUCAUCCCCGACUUCCAGUCCUUCACUUCUCACAUUGACGAGCUCUACGAGAAGGCCAAAUCGCUCUCUGAAGGGCAGGUGGCUGACUACAUUCCUCAACUUGCCAAAUUCAGCCCAGACAUGUGGGCUGUCUCUCUGUGCACGGUGGAUGGUCAGAGACACACCGUGGGCGACACCAAGGUCCCCUUCUGUCUGCAGUCGUGCGUCAAGCCUCUCAAGUACGCCGUGGCCGUCAACGACAACGGCACCGAGUACGUGCACAGUUUCAUUGGCAAGGAGCCCAGCGGCCUGCGUUUCAACAAGCUCUUUCUGGAUGAAGACGAUAAGCCCCACAACCCCAUGGUGAACGCCGGCGCCAUUGUUUGUACUUCUCUGAUAAAGCAAGGUGAAGGAAACGCAGAAAAAUUUGACUAUAUCAUGAACUUCUUGAAGGACAUGGCAGGAAACGAGUACGUCGGUUUCAGCAACGCCACAUUCCAGUCGGAGCGCGAGUCGGGAGACAGGAACUUUGCCAUCGGCUACUACUUGAAAGAAAAAAAGUGCUUCCCCGAGGGGACCGACAUGACGUCUGUGCUGGACCUCUACUUUCAGCUGUGCUCCAUCGAGGUGAAUUGCGAGAGCGCCAGCGUGAUGGCGGCCACGCUGGCCAACGGCGGCAUCUGUCCCAUCUCGGGCGAGCGCGUUCUCAGCCCCGAGGCGGUCAGGAAUACCCUCAGCCUCAUGCACUCCUGCGGCAUGUACGACUUCUCCGGACAGUUUGCCUUCCACGUGGGUCUGCCGGCCAAGUCGGGCGUGGCGGGCGGGAUCCUGCUGGUGGUGCCCAACGUAAUGGGCAUCAUGUGCUGGUCGCCGCCCUUGGACAAAAUGGGCAACUCGGUCAGAGGGAUUCACUUCUGCACGGAACUGGUGGAACUCUUUAAUUUCCACAACUACGACAACUUGAGGCACUUUGCAAAGAAGCACGAUCCUCGCCGGGAGGGAGGAGAACAGCGGCCAUUGCGCGGACCCUUGGACUAUGAGAGCCUCCAACAGGAGCUCGCUCUGAAAGCCCCCCUUUGGAAAAAAGUCUCGGCCACCGAGUCGCACCAGGAUACCUCCACCACCGUAGUCUAUAGGAUGGACAACGUCAGCGAGUAGAUCUGCUCAUUGGCGUAAACGAACAUUAGCGCAACCGCGUCACCCUUAAAUAUUGCACCACUAUUUAUUGCUUGUGAAGCUGUUACUACUGGGGUUUUUUUGGUUUCUUAAAACUGUGACUGAUGUAAGGGAUGGAUUCAUUACUGGCCGUUUAUUUUUCCACCCGACCCGCUAGCUGCCUUAGUGUGUACACGACCUUGUGACUUAGUCGCACGCAAUACAAGCUCACUUUUGUUCAGCACUUAACAUUUGAAACCAAAAGGUGUGAGUCUGUGUGUGUGUGUGUGUUUUUUUUCUAACAUUAGUCAAAAGAAAAGAAAUAUUGACCUCAUUCAACGGUUGAUUGAUUUAUUGGAGCUAAAAGUAAACUUCCACACGUGUUAAACAUACACACAAAUGUGUAUGUCUUGUAUUAAUAAUAAUCUAGCCAUUUUUUGCCCUCAAAUGUAUUCAUAUUUAAUAUCUAUAUCGUAUUAAACAAUCGGUUAAUCGAUUUACUGUAAAUAAUAAAACUGGUUUAGUAGAAUUUGACAUAUUUACGUUAUUUAGGAAAACAAUUUGUCACUAUUUAGAAAUCAGAAUUAAAGAUGAAAACAAAUUAUUUUUAUUGGUAGAAACUUGGACAGUUAUUUAAUGUUAUUGUUUUGUGGAAAAAGCUUAUCAGCCUCAAAUAUAUCCCUAAUUAUUCACAAAACUUUUAUUUAUUUGUAUUUUUCUUUACACAUUGUUUUGCGCUGGCCCAAAUCAGACAAAUUGGCUGUCCGGGUCAAGAGAUGCGAAACUUCUGUGCAGUACCGCGUCUCAGUUUCGGGAUUCACUCAUUCCGCUCGUAAUGGGGUGCUGCAAACCGGCGCUACCUACUAGCUUAGUCGUUCCAAACUGUACCGACGGGCGAUCCUAAGAUAUAAAAACUGGGUGUCUUUCAACCCUCCUGUUACGUUGCUAGCGCAUAAAGAAAUAGUUGCUGGCCUUGUUUUUAAGCUACGUUUGUAUGUUUCAAGUCUGUAUUCAUAUGAACCCAUCCAGAAAAAUGGACCUAAUAAUAAGAACACCUGUGCGUGUUCAACAGCGCAAUCCAAAGAGCCAGCCAUUGACAGUUAAAUGGGAAUAAAGUAUUCUCAAAUAAGUGACCUUAGCAUGAAUUACUGCUCCACUUGUCCUGGCCAGCCAAGCGCAGGCAAAGUUUUGCAAAAGCGGCCAUAUUACACAUAUUAUGGAAACGGCACCUUUUGUAGCAUAUGACGACCUUUCGGCCUGAGGAGGGAAAAAAAAAAGAAAAAAUCAUAGGCACAUAACAUGUCUCCUUUCAAAAGUUUUGCAGUCUUGCCUCAAUUUAGCGUUAUUCCUCAGAUGGUCACGACGAUUUCUCGUUACUCAGACUAGCAAUACUUUUGACGCUGCUACUGAAAUUGCGUCGUCGUGACGAUCAGGUCGCGGGCGUUUUUUUGACUGCUUCGUGACUGUUUUGUUUUUUGCAAAGGACAAAUGAUUCCGCUCAGAAGGGACCUGGCAAGGAUGCUGAAUUUUUCAAUCACUUGUAUUUACGAGCUGCCUAUUUCUUAAGAACGUGUCUGAGAUUGCGACGUGCAUGAAAAAGGAGCGCCGCCUUCAAAUGGAUGCGGGCGUUCUUUAAAUCAGAGCUCUUCAAACUUGCUAUGUUUGAGAACCGCCGUUUGAAAUCACUUGCGCAACGAAUCGGCUGUUCGCUUCUGAACAUUCUCCAACAAUCGCAAAAUCAAACGCAAAUCAAAGUCACCGGCAGAGGCUUCUGAAUUUUUGUUUUGCUUCUUGACUUGUCAUACUCACUGUUUGCAUGCACACAUUUUUUUGGUGUAUCAUUUGUAUGAUAAUCAUGUAAAAUUACAAAAUUGUAAUGUUAUCAUGCUUGAUUUGUGUCUUGGGACAUCAUUAAUUCUAUGUACAUUAAGCUUGACAUUGGAAAUGUAAGGUUUUGCAAGGUUGGCAAAAUGACGUGAUUUUUAAAAAAAAAAAGAAACAAAAAAUAUGAAGAAAUUGUUGUCUGAAUGAACCCUGCAUUUCCAAGUUCAUUUUUUCUGUCUUUGGAUUUAUUUUUUUCUGUCCUCGAGUGUAUCAAAACAUCUCCAUAAAAUCCACACUUGUAACUCGUUUCAUUACUUCAUGCUUUUUUUGUUUUGUUUUGUUUUGUUUGACUGUGACAGUAUAUAUUUCGAUAUAUGGUAUUGUAAAAAAACAAAUAAAGCACUUUUAGCGCCUCACAUGGACAUUUUA